AUGCUCCGCCGCCUCGCCGCCCUCGUGCCUGGGAAGGCCCUGCCACCCGGCACGACUCCCGCCUCUGGCGGGAAUGUCUUUUCUCGUUCGGCUCAGUCCGCCCUCACGGCCCUGAAGGAAAUGGUCGACGGCAAGGACACCCACUUGGUGGGCACCGACCAGUAUGGCAAUGAGUACUACGAGUCGCCGCCGCCAAACCCCCCGGGCCGGCCCCGACGCAAGGUGGUCCCCAAGGGGAUGAACCCGCGCGAUGUGUACCUCUACGAGUCUGGGUCCCUGCCGGUCCAGUGGCACUCGUGGCUGACGCACCGGCGGGCGGUUCCCCCUACCCUGGAGGAGAUCGCCCGCGACGAGCAGCGCCGACUCGAUAUCCAGGAGCGAGCGCGCCUGAUCGACCAGCACUGGCGCGAGGUCAAGGCUCAGGGUACGAUCUCUUUGGGCUUCACUCCGGAGGCUGUGGCCGCGCGCGAGGCCCGUGCCCAGGCGGCCGCCCCGCCCCCCGUCUCCAGCCCCGAGUAUGAUCCCAUCCUGCCGGUGAAGGAGCUGGUCACCUCGCAGUCUCUGCCGAGCGAGACCUACCAGCCGGAAGCCUGGACCCCGGGGAAGCCCAACAAGCAGUAG